CCCAGCUCCGCCCGGCCGCUGUUGGGCAGUGGGACGCGGCGGGCGCGGAGAACGCGGCGGAGCGAGCGAGCCGGCGGGCGGGUGAGCGAGGACAAGGCCAUGGACAGCAAGAUCCAGCGGGUUCGCGACGCGUUCGCGUCCGGCCGGUCGCGCCCCCUGAGGUUCCGGCUGCAGCAGCUCGAGGCCCUGCGCAGGAUGGUGCAGGAGCGCGAGAAGGACAUCCUGGAGGCCAUCGCCGCCGACCUGUGCAAGAGUGAACUCAAUGCAUACAGUCAGGAGGUCAUUACCGUUCUUGGAGAACUUGAUCUCGUGCUGGAGAAUCUUCCUGAAUGGGUCGCUGCUAAGCCAGCUAAGAAGAAUCUGUUCACCAUGCUGGAUGAGGCCUACAUUCACUCCGAGCCCCUGGGAGUCGUACUGAUUAUCGGAGCCUGGAACUACCCUUUCGUUCUCACCAUUCAGCCUCUGAUAGGAGCCAUUGCGGCAGGAAAUGCUGUCAUUAUCAAGCCUUCUGAACUAUGUGAAAAAACAGCCACGAUCUUGGCCCAACUCCUGCCACAGUAUUUAGACCAGGACCUGUAUGUCGUUAUCAGUGGUGGCGUGGAGGAAACCACAGAGCUGCUGAAGCAGCGAUUUGACCACAUCCUCUAUACGGGAAGCACGGCGGUGGGAAAAAUCGUCAUGGAGGCCGCCGCCAAGCAUCUGACCCCUGUGACUCUUGAACUAGGAGGGAAGAGUCCGUGUUACGUGGACAGAGACUGUGACCUGGACGUCGCCUGCAGGCGCAUAGCGUGGGGGAAGUACAUGAACUGUGGUCAGACCUGCAUUGCUCCUGACUACGUUCUCUGCGAACCAUCCCUCCAGAAUCAAAUUGUGCAGAAGAUUAAGGAAACCGUGAAGGAAUUUUAUGGAGAAAAUAUAAAAGAAUCCCCUGAUUACGAAAGGAUCAUCAAUCUUCGCCAUUUUAAGAGGAUACAGAGUUUGCUUGAAGGACAAAAGAUAGCCUUUGGUGGCGAGACCGACGAGGCCACACGCUAUAUAGCACCAACGAUCCUUACCGACGUCGAUCCCGAAACCAAGGUGAUGCAGGAAGAAAUUUUCGGACCAAUUCUUCCAAUAGUGCCUGUGCGGAAUGCCGAUGAAGCCAUAAAGUUCAUAAACAACCGUGAAAAGCCUCUGGCCUUCUACAUCUUUUCUCACAACGAGAAGCUCAUCAGACGGAUGAUUGACAGCACGUCCAGCGGUGGCGUCACGGCCAACGACGUCAUCAUGCACUUCAUGCUCAGUUCUUUACCCUUUGGAGGAGUGGAGAAGACGGGCAGGAAGUAUUCUCAGUGAAGCUCCGUGGACACAUGCCCUUUGGGCUGCUACCCGCCUGCCUCUUUGAUGCCAGAGAUGACGGCUCAACUCUGUAUCUUUCCUUCAGGAGCUAGGUGGUAGGCCUCUCUAAUAGGUCAUCGAAGAAUCACAAAUAACGAGCGCAUCGGAGGAACUCUCGUAAUAAAAAGCAGACAACAAAAGCUGCCAUCUUGAAAGCUCUGCUGUGUUCUGUCCCUCUGUAAGAGCAGAAGUGAAGUCGUCCCUGGGAAUGAAAUGGCUCAUUUUAGCCGGACUACCUGUUCCCAGUCGAGGCCAGCUCCUCCCGUGGCCUGCUUCCGCCGCGGGCCACGUGUCCCUUCCUAGGAGGCGAAGGAAUCGGCAGUACCCAGCGCAGGGCCGGCGUACGCGAGGGGCGAGUGGGCAGAGGCCGGGUCAGGGGUCCGGGCUGGCGCGAGUGGUGGCUUGGACUUGGGUGGUUGGGGAAGGGGGCUGAGUUGAUCCGGGGAGUCAGGCAACAGGAUUUGCCUGAUGGAUUGAGUAUGUCGUAGUGGGGAGGUGGUGAAGGAAAGGAAGGGUAGCCUGGAGGACCGGGGCUGCCGUGAUUCGAGUUUUACUGCCCAGAUUCUUAGAGGAUUCACUCCGACUCCAGUCUCCCGUUCCUCAGGGCCCCACAGGGUCCCGGUUCCCACCGAAGACUCUCAUUGUUCCACCCGGAGUCACUGAUGCCUCCCGAGUGCAAGUCGAGUGACGUCUGUUCAGUCCCAACUUGACUUGACUAGGUGGCAUUCAGUGUCAUUGAUCGUACCCUCUUCUUCUUUACAACGAAACAAACUCUUUCUCCUGUUAAAUACAAAACGAAUACAGGCUUCGCUCGUUUUUUUUUUUUUUAUUUUUAAAUUUUUAAUUUUUUUUAAAGUUUAUUUAUUUUUGAGAGAGAGACAGAGUGAGAGGAGGAGGGGGGCAGAGAGAGAGGGAGGGAGAGAGAAUCCCAAGGAGGCUCCACAUUGUCAGCACGGAGCCCCUUGUGGGGCUUGAACUCACGAACCGCAAGAUCCUGUCCCGAUCCCCAGGAAUAUAGGCUUCUUAAGAAAAGAGAGAAGACCCCAAAGAAUAAAUACUUAGAUUUUCCAUACCCCACUAUUUAGAGAUAACCUUUGGGGCGCCUGGGUGGCUCAGUGGGUUAAGCGUCCGACUCUUAGUUUCAGCUCGGGUCUUGAUCUCACAGUUUCAUGAGUUCAAGUCCCACAUCCAGCUCUGCACUUGCCUCACAGAUCCUGCUUGGGAUUCUCUCUCUCUCUCUGCCCCUCCCCCCACUCGUACCCCCACAAGCGCAAUCUCUCUUUCUCUCAAAACAAACUUAAAAAAAAAAAUAGUGUUUAUGCCUGUAUGUUUAUGCCCAUUCUGUAGUGUUUUAUUUGUUUUGGCCCUUUUCCCCUUAAAACCUGUAUUACUUUUAGAAUUGGGAGAAAAAAGCAUUUCA